AUGGCUACCCAAGCUUCCCUCUUUGCACUCAUAAUCCCCAAUCAAACCUCCCCAUGGAAACAAUCGCAACCCAUCUCCUUCAACACCGUCAAACCAUCCAAACCCACCACCUGUUUCACCACCAUCAAGGUUGCAGCGACAUGGGAGGUCCCCACUAAAGAAGCUCUGAUAGGAUUCAUCCCACCCGAACUCGACCCCAACACCUCAUCUCCAAUCUUCGUCGGAAGCACCGGUGGGUUGCUAAGAAAAGCUAGAGUGGAGGAGUUCUACGUCAUCACAUGGAACUCACCAAAAGAAUAG